AUGUACGGUGGAUCUCGCAAAUAUCAAACAAUUAGUUGCGAUAAAGGAAGGAAAGCAAUUGGUGCGAAAUCAUCAAAAAGGAUAAAUUGUCCUGCAAAGAUUAAUGCAAUCCUAAGAGAAAAUGGAAUGUGGCAGAUUUCAAAAGUUAUUUCAAGUCACAAUCACGAAUUGGAACCUUCUAUGUCUAGAUUGAUGGUUGCUCACAGUUCAAGCGGUGGACCAGAAAAUUUAAGUUUGUCAAAGGAUUGUCGAAACUUCAUUGAGCAAAAGAGGAGGCUACGACUUGGUGAUGGUGAUGCGAGGCUAUACUCGAGCCGCUACGAGGAAUUCAAUGAUGUUGUUAGUUUUGACACUACUUACCUUGUUAAUCGAUACAAGUUGCCAUUUGCCACCAUUGUUGGAGUAAAUCAUCAUGGGCAAUCUAUUUUAUUAGGAUGCGCCUUGAUCUCACAUGAAGAUGUAAACACUUUUAAGUGGUUGUUCAUGACGUGGCUUGAAGCAAUGGAAGAUGUUCAUCCUAAAUCUAUUCUUACGAUCAAUGCGAGCAUGAGGAAAGCCAUUAGGAGGUAA